UAGAUAUAAAAUAAAUUUUGGGUGGGACCUAUAAAAAAAAUUAGUGCAUGAAUAAACAGAAGAGAGACUAAAAAAGAGAAAGGGAGAGAUGUGGUGGUUUGACAGAAAAGGGGCAUCCGGGUUCUCGGCGUCUUCCACAGCUGAACAAGUUACUGAAGGGAUUGAUGGCUCUGGCCUCACUGCCAUUGUUACAGGAGCAUCAAGUGGUAUUGGGUUUGAAACUGCCCGAGUUCUUGCAUUACGUGGUGUCCAUGUGGUUAUGGCAGUUAGGAACAUGACUGCUGGUAAUGAGGUCCAAGGAACAAUAAUUAAGGAAAACCCUAGUGCAAAAGUUAAUGCCAUGGAGUUGGAUUUAAGCUCAAUCGCCUCAGUGAGAAAAUUUGCAGCAGAAUUCAAUUCCUCUGGCCUUCCAUUGAACAUUCUCAUUAAUAAUGCUGGAAUCAUGGCAACACCAUUCAUGCUUUCCAAAGAUAACAUAGAACUGCAAUUUGCAACCAACCACAUAGGCCAUUUUCUUUUGACAAAUCUUUUGUUGGAGACCAUUAGAAGAACAGCACUAAAAUGUAAGAGAGAAGGAAGGAUUCUGAAUGUCUCAUCCCGCCGUCAUAAAUUCACUUACAAAGAAGGGAUUCGUUUUGACAAAAUCAACGAUCAAUCAGGGUAUAACAGUCUAUCUGCAUAUGGCCAGUCAAAACUUGCCAAUGUUUUGCAUUCAAAUGAGCUUGCUCGACGGCUGAAGGAAGAAGAGGCGAGCCUGACAGCGAAUUCACUGCAUCCAGGAGCAAUUUUCACUAAUCUUUUCCGUCAUCACAGCUUUGUCAGCGCACUUGCCGGCUUAGUUGGUAAAUAUUUUAUGAAAAAUAUUGAGCAGGGUGCGGCAACCACGUGCUAUGUGGCAUUACAUCCAGAUGUGAAAGGGAAGAGCGGCUACUAUUUUGCAGACAGUAACAUAGCAGAAGCGAGCUCACUAGCUAAUGAUCCCAAUUUGGCAAGAAAACUCUGGGACUUGAGCUCAGAUUUGAUUGACAAACGUGGUAAUGUAUCCUAGCUGAAAUAAUGUUAUAAUGUUGUAUUUUUAUAUGCCUAAAGCAAAAUAAAAGUUGGAUUUAUUCACUGUAAAUGCACCAAUCUGGAGAAUGUGAUUGUUUGACAUGUUUCAUGGUAAUGGAAGUCAAAAAGUAGUGCUCAACAUUCAAUACCAAGUUAUUGGAACCUAUGCAACCCAAUACCAAUUAGUAAAUAUUUUGUAUCUAAUUUUAAUUAGAUUAUAUGUCGAAUUUAUUUGAAUUUACUCUGUUGGAUUAGCUGAUGUAAUUAUCAAAAAUUUAAUUAUAACGAUCCAUUUGUAUAUUUAUGUGCCAAUGAGGGCAGCUUGUUGUGGAAACAAUUUGAAAAUACAUGAUGUCUUCUUUA